ACUCUGAUUGCCUUGGAAGCAGUUGUUCAACCUCACUAAACGGACAUCUCUGCCUGCUGUGUGAGCAACGGGAUCCACAGAUGUAUGGCCGCGGCUCCACAGCCAUUCCUGGGAUAUAACAAAGCAAGUCUAGUUCUCUUGGUAUUUCCUUAGUUGUUUGGGCAGUCUGCUUAUACCACACAUCUCAGCUCUUUUUGAGAAACCUAUGUCUUUCCCACAAUUUCCAGCCAUCUUAUGGAGCAAGAGUACUCUCCCCACGUCCACAUCUGAUCCUGUUUCCAUAGUAAAAGUUCUCUUCCUCAUUACACUCCUGAUGACCCUGGUCGCUCUCCUCAUCCUGGCCUACAGAGUGUUCAGAAUCAAAGACUAUUAAACAAGAACCUAGAGUCAGACGCAAGGAAGGAGCCAACACUGCUGGCAUGAACGUCUCCAGUUCUCGGUGGAGACAGCACUGAGGUGAAGAGGCCGGGCCACCUUGGAGCCAUCUGAGAGCUAGAGCCUGGGAAGGAAGAACAGCUUUGGCCACCCAGUCCCCCAAUGGCAGAUGCUUCCCCCGGCCUCGUUUCCUUCUCUACCUCGUCCUCCAGUAUCAUUCAUACUCAUGCUGCCGUUCUUUGACUUGUCCAGGCUCCUUGAGUUUGAAUGUCCUUUUUCUGUGGAUCUUCUAGAAUGAAAUUAGAAAUGACUAUUUCUGCAUUAACAGAGGAACAAACAUGAAGAAUUAAAAAUUGAUUACAACGCUCAAGUAUUGUUUUUAAUCGGGCAUGUGUUGACUCUGGGAAAUUGAAAUUAUUGGAAGUUCAUGACAUCGCAGACUUUAACAAACCUUUUAAGCUCAGUUUCAGAAGAUUCUUGGAAUGGAGCAGCUCACCUUUUCUGAAUUCUGGUUAAAAACAAAUCUCUCUCCUGUUCCUCUAAUUCUAGAAAUAGAGAGUACUACUUCUCCAAAAAUUAUUUAAAGCACCAACUUUGUGGGUUAGCAAAUUUUAAAUAUAUAUUCUAAGAUGAUAA